AUGGUUGUUGCAAAGCAAACCUCACGCCGUUUACCGUUGCUUGACGUGCAGUGUCAACUCGGUUUAUCGUUGAGUUGCCCUGAUGAAAUGAGGAAAAUGAACUUGCCGCAAUAUGCGCAGAAAGUACUUGAGGGAGCUGUCGUUGGCUGUUUGCGAGAGAAGUACCGACAGUCAGCGCACAAUACAAUAGAACUCAGUGCACCCUGCAAGCAAGAAAUUACCAAAGCCAUAGUGGAUGCAGAGUUUGACCCACAACUCGACUUGCCGUUGUAUCAUGCAUGCCAGGAAACAAUUAAGUUGCACUGCUCCUCAACAAUCAUUGCUAAGAGCGGUGGUUUCGACACUGUAUUAGAAUGCCUAAAAGCAGAUUUCUACAAAGGAGCUAUCUCAGAUAGAGAUUGUAGUAAGGAGUUGGCUCGUCGCGUUGAAGAAACCAUGGUAGACAUUCAUCUUGAUCCAUCAUUGCAUGAGGCAUGUUCCAUCGAUAUCCAGCGACUAUGUGCAGAUGUAGUUCCAGGACAUAGUCGAGUAAUUAUCUGCCUAAUGGAAGCUGCCGAAAGCUCAAAUGCCCAAAUGACACCUGAUUGCCGAAAUAAACUCAUGGAUAGGAAUAAGCUUUGGGUAAAAGCUCAUUCGGAUUAUCAAAUGGCUUAUCCCGAAAGCUGGCAUGAAGUGUACAAUAUGGUGGCAAACCAUCCACAUAAGGUUAGAUUUUACACACAACAAGCUGCUGAAAAAAGUUUUUUAAAAAUAUCUUUCAACUAA